CGUGUGGAGGUGUGAAAAAUUUAGUAAACAAAACCUAAGUUAGACGUUUUUCUGUGCCUGUCCAUUUGAUCAUGAGAAAUCAAGUGUGUACGACCAGCUAGGAUACUGUCAUGGAUCCGAAUAGAACUCUGGAUAGUUUCCGUAAUGAUUGGAAGAAGGAGCUAGAUGAAAAAACAACGGAGAAGAGAUCAGUGCCAUUACCAACUGGUUGUAAAUCGUCUGCUGUUGCACUUGCAGCCAAAAGCAAGCCCAUCAAGCCUGAUCAUGAAGGACAAUCCCAGCCUGAUCAUGAAGGACAAUCGGGUAGAUCGUCGUCAUUUACGUUACUGGAAAGACCGACAGCAAGUUCCUCAAGAAAUCAAGAAAAUUUUAGAUUCGCAAGCAAAACUAUUUGCCAACAAUGCUCUCAGUCUCAAAAUCAGAAGCAAAAAGAGAAAGAAUCAGUCGGGGUUUUGAAUUAUUUAGGUUCAAAUGAAAACACUGACCAAGCUAAUACAUAUUACCCUUUUAAUAUUGUGCAUAAUUUAUUGAAUAAAUCAAAUACGUCUAAAAAUUUAAGUGAUGAAGAAAGGCAUGAAGUGGGUGACAUCAAAUCCAGAGCUGACAAAUGCCAUCUCUGUGGUGGGACUGUUGAAAAUGCUCAUAGAUUAAAGAGAUCACGAAAUCUGUCAAAAGAAUCUAAAAGAUAUGAAAAAGAAAAAAUUGAGGAUGUUUUCAAACGACGAAGAACUAAAAGUGAAAACUUUUCAAAAGAAUGCCUGUUAGAUCAGUUUUUAUUAGACUUGAAUGAGAUUGCAGAAAUACCCUUCUUUGACAUAUCUCUACCUCGUGAAGUUGCAAUGAAGAUUUUCAAACAUCUUGGUCUGAAAGAUUUAUGUAGAUGUUCACAGGUGAGCCGUAGUUGGCGGAGUCUAGCUGAAGACGAACUGUUAUGGUGUAAUCUCUGUCACAGCCUGGGAUACGAGGAGGAACAUGUGACAAGGGACCGGGGUCAGUGGAAGGCCAUUGUCCGAGAAAACAUCACAAAAGACAAGCAGAUUGUCUCCAAUUGGAAGAACCGUACGGGUAACCAGACGUCUUUGCAAUAUGUCCAGGGAGGGAUUCUGUGUGCUGUUAACGCACAUGACAACACGGUGGUAGCAGGGUACUCUAAUGGGGAGGUGAAGAUGUGGGACCUUGACCUUGAAGAAAGCUGUAUACUGAAGCCUUCCAACAAAUCCCUGCUCAUCAACGAGGGACAGGAAAUAGGCACGAUCUCCAUCGAGGUGUCACAUGUAGAAGUUACUCCAACAUUGGCUGUAGCACGAUAUAGACAAGGUCACUUGGACAUUUGGAGACUGACGGAUGAUACCAAUAUUAAUCCUGUCCUUACAAUACCACAAGAUACUAAUGGCCAGCCAAACACAUUCUGUGUUGCCAAGUCAUGUGACAUGGUUGUCAAGGGUAACGGUAUGGAUGUCAGCGUCUACACGUACACAGCAACAGGUUUUCAGCUCCAUAGCAUGUUGAACCGGUACUCUGGAAAACAGGUAUCACACCUAAACAUGUUGGAGGUCAGAGCCGAGGAGCCCCAGGUAUUCAUCACCACACAGACAGGAGAGCUGUACCUUCACCGCCCCGGGGAGUCAGCGGAGGAAAUGAAGGAGUACACAAACCACCAGGACCUCUUCUGUACCGGCGGGACUGUCAGCUGUGUGGACCUCAGACUGGACCCGGCCAUGAUAGCUGUAGGACAUGCCACAAUGGGUACCGUAUAUGACAUCGAAACAGCAAAGACAGUGAGAUUGUUGUCAGGCCACAUGCACAUCAUCACCUGUUUAAACCUGAUAGACAGUCCUCCAUACCAGGUGGUGACAGGAAGUAUGGACAGAAGGAUACGGAUAUUUGACCUGAGGACAGACCGGACUGCAGCUGUGUUAUCAGGUCAUACAAACUACAUAACAACAGUUCAGAUGGAUGAUUGGAAGGUGGUGUCGGGAGACGGAGGAGGAUUUGUCAGCGUGUGGGACCGUCGUAUGUCCACUAAGCUUUGGGAAUGGCACAACAGACAUCCAGUUGGAUAUUGCCACUUCUACAAGCAGCGUCUUAUUUCUGGCAAUAUUCCAGCCACAACUAAAGAACUUUGUGAUGAACAUUUGGCUCAUCGAAGGUUCCGGGGAUCUCUGAACGUAUGUGAUUUUUCUGCUGACCUGACAACACAAGACCUACCGGAGAUCUGUCAUUCAACUUACGACGAACCAGAGGCAUAUAACUACAAUAUUAGACUGGCUGUUCCCUACGACAACAUCUGACUGGUGUCACCAUUAGAAAGUGUCAACUUGUACUGUGAAUGGAUAACUCAUGUUCAUGGAUAUUUACUUAGGGACUUUACCCCAAAUACCAAUAACACAACUAAAAAAAACGAGGAAAAAAAUAGCAAAAAAUUCAUCAAUUCUUGUACGUGGACACUGUGAUAUCCAAAUUGUUUUUGAAUGGUUUAUAAUUUUUUUGAAGUUAUUAGAAUUUUUUUACAUGAAUUUUCAUCAUGUUACCUUUAUUCGCUUAGAUUGUUUAGAUUUUUUCUAGAUUUCGUAAUCUAAAUUGUAUACAUGUUUUUUUAGUGGUAGGUCUGUAACUAAAGCAACACAUAAUAUGGAAUGACUUCAGCUAGCUGGAUGUCUUUGUGUGAGAAACAUACCUUCAUGCAGACUGCUUUGUGUACAUAAUUUAUCAAGUCAGUGACCCAGUGAUCCAGUUAAGGCCAGGCAUGGUAAUGAUCAGCGAUACUAGGAACUGGAAACCUUGGAGUACUCAGACAAUUUCAUGUAAUAUGACAGAAAACAUUUCAAUGUGAGAUUUCGUCUGACUUGGUAUGUGGAGACAGUGAAGAAAGCAUGUCUCCAUCCCUGGACAUAAGGAGACUUCGUAACCUGUUAGUAUCACACAUUAAUUUCAUAGGUCAUAGAACUUUGUAUAGCUUAUCCUAAAUAUAAUUGAUAAACAACUCAAAGGGCACUGUCAACUGUGGUUAUUUUUUGGUUUUUUAGUUAAGUACUUCACUUCAAGACAAAAUGAGCCAAAUAAUCUGAGAACAAAAAAAAAAAAAAAAAAAAUUCAUAGGUCAUGCCAUAAUUCAUUUAUAUUAAGAGUUGUGGCUCUUUAUCAUUUUGAUAUCAAAGUUUGUAUAGAACUUGUCCAAUAAAAGUCAAUGGUACAUAUAUUAAAAACAUCCUUCUUUAAUCCAUGUCUGUAGUCAAUUUUUAAAUGCUUUAUGCUGUGUAAUGUAAAUGUGCUAAAAGCCAGUGUUUUUGUGAAUGAAAAAAUAACAGUACACAUUUCAUAAAAAAACUUUUAAAUUUAUUAUAUUAUCUAUCAAUGAAAUAAAAUAAAUAUUUCUAGUAUAA